AUGGCAGACACCACGGCAGUGUUAAAGUGCUUAAAUAGUUGCAUCGUGGCCCUCAACUUCCUCAACUUGGGCAUGCCAAAGGUGCCUAGACCCGACAGGAGCAGGACAUAUUGCAACGAAGCUCAACGCACCGUGGUGCAGCACAUUGCUUGUCGGGUGGUCCGUUUCCUGCACCGUCUCGACGAUGCAUGGGCUUCAGCAUUUUCCUGGCAAGGGUCUCUGCAAUCUUUUGUGCCCAAGGCAUGCAAUUAUGAGAAGAUACGUGGACAGGAUGUGGAUUUGCCUGUUGUGGCAGGAACUUGCAAUCCAUCUCAACUGGAGCCUCGGGAGCUUUGGGAUUGGGAACAAGUUUCAGAUCCAACCCAAAUUUUUCCCCAACAUUGUGAGCCUGCAAGUUGCUUGAGUGGUGUUGCAGCACCUCGGGCUGCGCGGCGGGCCUAUGUGCACCUGACUGCCCGGGAGCUGCAAUGCGGAAAGUUGCGUUUGCGUUUGGGUGUCAAAGGCAUUGCGAACAUUUUUGCAGCUCCGAAGACCACGAAGGGCAGACAAAGGACAAUUUGGGAUGGCAGCAUGUGCGGGGCGCCAGAGUCGCAAAUCUUGAGCUUGGACCACGACUUGCCAAUGACCCAACAUGAGUUGCGCGCAGUGGCUACGGACGAUGUCUUGCUUUUCCACAGGUGCAAGAAGCAGGGGCGCAAGACUUUGCAACGGCUUGACCACGUCUUUGCAGAACAUGGCAUUGUUCGCAACAAGGCGAAGGAUGUGAACCUUGCUGGCCACACGACUGGUUUGGGCUGUGACAUCGUCAGCUCGCCGCCAAUGGUGGAACCAGCCCUACACAAGAUUGCCAAUGUUGUUUUGGGAAAGUGCGACCUGUUGGUUUCCAAGAGAGCUAGCCCAGCGAUUGUCAACAGUUUGUUAGGAGUUUUGAAGUGGUUCUGUCUCCUGCAGAGAAACAUGUUCAGCAUUUUCGACGCAGUAUACGAUUUUGUGAAACAUCCUGACAGUUCAGAGGAGCCAGAAGUGCCUGAAAAAGUGCGGUCUGAGUUUUUAGUUGCUUUGGCCCUGCUGCCUCUCCUUCCAGCUUCUUUGGACAGAGACUUCUUGCCUGAGCUGCUGGCUUGCGAUGCUGCCGCAGACUUCGGUUUUGGGGUGUGCUCUUUGAACUGCGGGCGCAGCGUCACUCAAAAAGUUGGCAGGUUGGCGGAACGCCGUGGAGAUUUUGUGAGGUUGUUUCCUGAUGAGGGGGACGAGCCUGAAGUGGCAAGGCUUGGAACCCCACACCGGCUGCAAUUUUCCAAAGGCGAUUUUAAGACCAUCAUCUCCAGCAGGGUGCGCUUUUCAGCCCAUUCUGGUUUGCUGGAGUGUCAUGGGGUCCUUCUGGCUUUGAAAUGGGUUAGCCGAAGCCAUAGCAGGCAUAGCAGCAGGCCAGUCAUCCUGGUGGAUGCCAAAGCGGCCAUUGGUUGCAUCAGCAAGGGGCGGAGUUCAGCGCGAGCUUUGCGUCGAGUUCUGCGCAGCACAGCGGCGUUAUAUGUCUGGCUUGCAACCUUUUACCAAGGCUGGUUUACACUCCAUCAGAGUCAAACCCAGCAGAUGCCCCUUCACGUGGUUGCAGACGGCAUGUUCGCAAGGGUAAUUGGCGCAAGAGGUGCUGAAGCAGUUUGCCAGUGUGAAGUUUUUAUUUGGUUUGUUUAUUUGACGUCGAAUUCAGAAAGUUGCAGAGCUUGGCCAUUGUCGCCUUUCUUGCGCCAAACCGGGCUCAUCGCGACCAUUGGUGGGACCUCCCCACUCUUGGCUUCGACGGGGUUAUAG